UCGAGUCGCACCUCGCACCUCGCGUGAUUCGCGUCUAUCCUUCUACGACUCACUUCGCGUCAACUGCCCGAGUGUGUUGUGUUGAUAUUACGGUGGUUGUUGAUAUUUUUUUUUUGAACACGAAUAGCUGCGUGGGUGUGACACAACGCGAUACAUCAGAACAGUGGUGAUUUGUUCGCGAGGAGGACCGAGGUCUGUCAGGCAGAAGUCACGUGGUGUUUCAUGGUUUCACGGUCUCCGCGUUCGCUUUGCUGAACGAUGGAUAUACCGACACCGACCAGCCUCAACCACACUGGACUCACGCACAGCGUGGACGGGUUUCUGAAUAUUCCCAUCGGAUCGUCGGCUCUGGACGCUUUAUCAACGGGGAAACGGAGAAGCUCCUCGCGAACGAUAAAACGCAAGAAGUUCGACGAUGAGGUGGUGGAGACGACGUUCAAUCUGCAACCGCCUGCCACGAGCGCCAAGUCGACGUCGAAAUCGCGAAUGAUUUCCGUAACCGCCGGUUGUUCUCCCAUGGACGUUCUCCCAACGCAGACCUUACCUACUCCGAUACCGAUACCGACCGCCUUGGUACAGUCGGACAGAGUCAAUCGCAGGCCCAGCAGGCCAAGCGGCUCGAAUCCUGGACGGAAGAAUAAGAAAAGUAAAAAUCAUUCUCACUCCAUCAACGCCACCAAAGAUCUCGGACGAUGGAAACCUGCCGACGACUUGGCGUUGAUCACUGGUGUGCAACAGACGAAUGAUUUGAGAAUGGUCCAUCGAGGCACAAAAUUUUCCUGUCGCUUCACAUUGCAGGAGAUACAGCAAAGAUGGUACGCAUUAUUAUACGAUAGCGCAGUUUCACGUGUAGCUGUGCAAGCUAUGCGUAAUUUGCAUCCUGAACUAAUAGCCAGUGUUCAAGCAAGAACUUUGUAUAGCAAAGCGGAGGAGGAGCUGUUAGGGACUAUUAAAUCGACCUCUCAACCAACAUUGGAAGUAUUUCAAGAAUUGCUUGAAGCAAAUGCACAUACGUUUUAUCCAGCAAGGACCGCAAAGGCGUUACACAGCCAUUGGCAGUUGAUGAAACAGUAUCACUUAUUACCAGAUCAGACGGUGCAAAGUUUACCACGAGGUGAACACGUAUUGAGCUUUUCGGACGCCGAAGAUAUGAUCAACGAUACCGAAUUGAUGGAACCGAAAGAUGAAUUGGUAGACGCCGAAUUGGCAACGGCGGACAGGAAGAACAAGAGAGAAAUUAAAGUAUUGGAAAACGAGCUUAGUAGAUGGCAGGUACUUGUCGACAGCGUAACAGGUGUCAAUCCACCAGAAUUUGAUAAUCAAACCUUAGCCAUUCUAAGGGGAAGACUCGUCCGAUAUCUCAUGAGAUCCAGAGAGAUAAGUGUAGGACGUUCUACAAAGGAUCAUACCGUCGACGUGGAUCUUGGUUUGGAAGGUCCAGCGUGGAAAGUUUCGCGUCGACAAGGUACCAUCCGUUUAAGGAAUAAUGGAGACUUCUUUUUGUCAUCCGAGGGAAAGCGACCGAUUUUUGUGGACAGCAGACCAAUCUUGGCUGGCAACAAAAUGAAAUUGAAUAACAAUAGUGUAAUUGAGAUUGCAGGACUGAGGUUCAUAUUUUUAAUAAACCAAGAACUCAUCUCUGUGAUACGACAAGAAGCUGUCAAAUUGAACUUAAAUCCUUGAGGGAUGUCAGAGAAAGAUGAGAGACAAUAUCGAGUGCCGUAGUUUAUAGCAAUUAGUUUAAUGCUUUUCUUACAGAACCUACUUUUUACAUUUGAGAAUAGCAAAUACAUAUUUUGCAGUGCAUAGAUUUUAACUCGCGUAUUAAGGUCCUCGCACAAUGGAAAAAUAUGAGAAACCGAUAUUAGCGAUUAGGAUUUCUUAGUUCUAUAUUUUUCGUUGUGCGGUAUCUUUUAUAAUUUACUUACCUACGAUAACUUUGAAAGCACUUUUUUUAUGCGAACAAAUUAUCUCUUUCAGAGUUUAUCAAUCGAACUCAAUGACGCAUUAUGUUCAUUUCAUAAUGUAUUGAAAAAAUUAUAAUUUAAUAAUUAUAAAUAGUAAUUUAGACAUGUAUACUCUUUGGAUAGGUAAUAGAUUCUUUAUUUUUGUGCAGAUAAUGUCUCCUAAAUCCGCUCAUAUACUCAACAUUAUAUUAGGCUACGAGCAUCUUUGUCUAGGCUUAAAAGCAAUAAUGCGCAUUGAAGUUGUACAUAAACUUUUAAUAUAAAUUGUAAAUUAUUACGUAUACAGCCGUCUGUGUAAUAUCCCUGUAAUAAACGAAUGUGCAGAA